UUCUCAUUGGCCCGGGCGGAGCGGGGCAGGGCGGCCGAAGCGGUUCUGUGCUGCGGGGCGGCCGAGGAGACGAGCAAAUGAAUGGUGUCAGCCACGGGCUCCUGCGGCGUCUGCUGGGCACUCUGAAGGCCCUUCCCGGGUUGAGGCGCCGAGCCAAACAGCGGCUGAGCUGGUGGUUCCCCACCUUCACCGCCACGUUGCCCGCCAUGGAGCGGGCUGUGGUGCGUUGCGUCCCGGCGGAGCCUAAGCUCAGCGUUUCCCUCGUGCUGCAAGACGGUAAGACGCGGCAUCUGCAGCGGGACCAAGCGGAGCCUCUCGGCCAGGCGCUGGCUCGCAUCGCCAACAACGUCAGCAAAGGCCACGCCAAGAAGGCCAAGAAGAGCAAGAAGGCGCAGACCGAGGCAGACCCCGGGACGCCGCCGCUGCCGCUUUCGCAGCUCGUCGCCGUUCGCCUCUUCUCCCAGGACGGGGAAGCCGUGGCCGAAGACGUGCCCAACGAGGAGGCCUGGCAGGACGGGACGGUGCUGCAAAUCGGCGAGACCCGCUACCGCGUGGAGCGCAACCCACCCACUCUGACCGAAGUGCAGCUUCCGCGCUCGCUCAUGGCCGGCUUCCCCGUGUGCCCCAAGCUGCAGGUCGAGUUCGGCUCUCCCCAAGACUGCCUCUUCCGUUGGUAUCAGGAGCAGAAGAUCGACUCGGCCGGGGCGGCAGCGGCCGCCGCAAGCGACGGCUGGGCGGAAGCCCCGGCCGGCUCCGAGCGCGUCUUCACGCCGACCAACGCGCAUAUCGGGCGCCGCCUGAAGCUCGUCUGCAUCCCGGGCAACAGCGAGCGGCGCUUCGGGCUGCCCCGCGAGGUGGAAAGUAUAGGCCCCGUGGAGGCCGGCCCGGGCGCCUGCACUUUCGAGGCGCGGCAUCUCUACACCAAGAAAGUCACGGGGCCGGGACUGAUCCGCAUGGUUACCUACAACAUCCUGGCCGACAUCUACGCCCGGACCGAGCUUUCGCGGACCGUGCUCUAUCCGUAUUGUGCUCCCUACUCGCUGGAGCUCGACUACCGGCAAAACCUGCUCAAAAAAGAACUGGCCGGCUACAGCGCCGACAUCAUUUGCCUGCAGGAGGUGGACAAGUCGGUCUUCGUGGACAGCCUGGGGCCUGCGCUUGAUGCCUUCGGCCUGGAGGGGCUGUUCAGGAUCAAAGAGAAGCAGCACGAGGGCCUCGCCACUUUCUACCGACGGGACAAAUUCAGUCUCCUUGGUCAGCAUGACAUUGCCUUCAAUCAGGCUCUGCUUGAAGAUCCCUUGCACAGAGAACUGCGGGACAAGGUGGCUACCUGCCCGCAGUUUGAGGAAAGCCUGCUUAAGCGAGCAUCAGCUCUACAGGUUUCUGUCCUUCAGUCUCGAAAUGAUUCUUCAAGAAAGAUUUGUGUUGCCAACACUCACCUGUUCUGGCACCCAAAAGGUGAAAAUAUCCGUCUAAUCCAAGUUGCAAUAGCGUUAUCCCAUCUUAAGCAUGUGAUCAAUGACAUGUAUCCUGCUACACCUCUCAUACUCUGUGGGGAUUUUAAUGCCACACCAUCAACUGGAACAUACACUUUGGUCAAUAGCGGCAGCAUCGCUGAAGAUCAUGAGAGUUGGGAUUCAGAAGGAAAAGAGCAACGGUGUGCUAUGUCUCUAACCCACCAGUUCAGACUUAAAAGUGCUUGUGGAGAACCAGCCUACACUAAUUAUGUUGGAGGCUUUCAUGGUUGCUUAGACUAUAUUUUCAUUGAUGCAAACGCUUUGGAGGUUGAACAGGUAAUUCCACUGCCAAGUCAUGAAGAGGUAACCACCCAUCAAGCCUUACCAAGUGUUUCACACCCAUCGGAUCAUAUAGCACUAAUAUGUGAUAUAAAGUGGAAAUAAUCUGAUUUAUUUUCUGAAAUAAUGUGUGCUAUGUCAGUUGGAAAAAUUCAGUUGGAAUGCUGCUUUGAUCACAGUUAUUAUGUCCCAUUUUUAAUUCUUUGUAAGUGGUCAUACUUUUUAUAACCAGUGUUCUUAUGUACCAGUGCUACAUUUUUCUUCUGUUAAUGAACAGAAUCAAUACAUUUUGAAACUCUAUAAUUGUCCUAUUUCAUUUUCAGAUGACUUUUAAAAUAAGGAGUAAGAAUAUUUUGUUUAAACUGAGAUUACAUAAAAAUUGGAAUAAAUGGAAUGGUAUUGUUAGGUACCAUACUUUGUUAAUCAGUUGCUACUGACAUUUUGCAGGAUAUCCAUUUGAGUAAAUAUAUUUUGUCUUUAUAAGACUGUUUGUAUUAAAGAUUCAAAAAACAUUCUGGCAGUUCCCAAUACUGGGGGAAAAGGUCUUAUCCCUGUAAACCAAAAUAAUUUGGGUUUAAGUAAUGAUAAAAUGAUGGUAUGCUUGGAUAGUGAUUUUUUUCUGAAUGCAGAGACUGAUUUUGCUAGGGAGUAGUGAUUUUGGCUGAUAGUUAUCCACCUUUAGGGUAGGUUAAUGACUACUGCUUCCUACUUUUUGGAAUCUUUUUGUAAAGAAUGGUUUGAUCAGGGUCUCAGCAACAAGGACUGGGUGGAAGACAACUGCCUCCCACUUCACUUCUUCCACAUUUCACUUUAUGCAAAGGGAAAUAAUUAAAAAAAAUAAGAGGUAAUUCGCUGCAGCAGCCCCAUUUUUGAGAAGCCUCUCAACUGUAUCUCUGAUGGAGGCUAGAAAAGGUAUUCAACCUCCAGUUAAUCCUCUCCCAGACUGGUUGACAAGAGCAAGUUAAGAUAAGGUACUCAACAGUUAAUCUAAAUGUCUCCUUUAUUAACUGGAGAUGUCUGAAUUUCCAGAUUUGAUCAACAUACAGGUGUCGCUGGUAAUCUGGUUAAGCAUGUUCUGCCCCCUGAGCCGUUGAAUCAUGAAUCUUUAUUGUUAGCCACCCAGAGUUAUAAAUCUGACAUCGGCGGCCAUAUAAAUCAAAUAAAUAAAUAAAUGAACUAGCUAAAAUGAUUAAUUGCUUAAUUAUUUCAUCUCUGUUCCAGAUCAUGAGGCAGUGCUAGGCUUACUUUUACCAACGUAUAAUGUGACUGUGGCUAAUAAUGGGGGAUGUUCACUCCAUUUCAUUGCCCUAGUUUGUAUAAUAAAAUAGACUAUUAUAUGGCUAGCUACUUUAUGGCACAAUGUCACGCAAUCAUAGUUAUGGUUACUUUUAUGACUGUUGAUUUGUGUGGACCAUUAAACUAGAUUAAUUCAGUGAAUAUCACAUUAACCAUGGUUUAGUAUGCCAUAUGAACACAGCUAGUAUGUCUCCUUUUUUCUGACAACUGUUAAUUUAUGGUAGUUUCUGGAUCAUUUAUUUGUAUAACCAGAUUGCUACAGUGUAUCCAUGAUGAUGAUGAAGCUAUCCAUUCAGUCGUGUCUGAUUCUUGGUGAUUCUAUGGACUGCUGCUCUCCACAUUUU